AUGGCUACAACUUCUUCUUUCAUAGACUCAAGUGUUGCAGUUUUGACAACCUUGUUAUCAAAUGGGACAGAUGUGACAGCAUAUAACCGAUUGGUGAAUGGAUCCACCACAACAUUUAACCCUCUAGAGAAUGGAUCCGCCACCACCAAAUAUGACCAAUUAGAUAAUGGGAUCGAGGCUACUGUCGCAAUGCUUGUGGUUUUAAUGGUUAUUGGAGUCAUUGGAAAUAUACACGUUUUGGCUGUUUUUGGUCUACAUUUCCAGAAGAGUUCUACCUAUAUGACGUUUGUGUUUUCCUUGGCAGUUAUAAACUUCCUAAUGUGCAGUAUAGAAAUUCCUUUUGAAAUUUUGGAUUUACUUUAUCCGUAUGGUCUUUUCAGUGGAUCGUUUUGUAAAGUAUUCAGAUCUUCAAACGCUGCUCUGUCGAUGAGUUCUGUUUUCCUGCUCCUCCUUAUUGCAAUAGACAGAUACAAACGAGUUUGUCACCCAUUGAAAAUCCAAUGGUCUCUUAAAAAGUCAAGAAUACUCAUUGUGACCGUCAUUAGUGUCGCGACAUUUUUAGCCAUUCCAGUUGUUUUCAUUUUUGGACCCCACACAACAGAAAUAGCCGCCGGUGUGCAUGUUCAGAAGUGUUUCUUUGACGACAACGUGAAGGGAAGUCUGUACCCUUUGAUGUAUUUGAUAGUUUUACAACUAGUGUUCGUAGUGUCGGAAUUGGUGUUAGUGUUUUCUUAUCUUUCCAUUGGAUUAACAAUUGGAAAGCAUGUCAAGAAGCGGGCCAAAAUGACACAGUAUCAAAUGAAACGAUCCAAAAGUAAAAGAGUUAGUACCGAGAAUUUGAAUAGCCUGAACAGUCCUUCAAACAAUAGUGAUACUGACAAUGUGAAUUCUUUGUCUAUAAGCGUAAUCGAUAUCAAAGAAAAAAUGGAAAUAUCGGGUGAUCCAAAAGUACAUGACGAUCAUAUCUCAAAAUAUGAUACACCAGAGAAUAAAGCAACUCAGACCACUGGUGGAAAAAACGAUUUUGACGAUAUGAUGGAAAAGAGCGAUGAUGGUCGCAAUUCUUGCCCAGCGGCUCAGCACGAGGUCAAAAAUAACAUUAAAAAGAAAAGAGCCAGUAUUAAUAGCCAGGCGAAGAAACACACGAAAGUAUUUUUCGUGGUCACUUUGGUGUUUAUAAUUAUGUAUACGCCCUAUCUGAUUUUAGGAGUAUUUCUGGCAUUGAAAGAAAACUUCCGCGAGAAUAUGAAUGACUUGGAACUGACAUUUUAUCGUUUAGCCAUGAGACUUGUAUACGUUAAUGAUGUUAUUAAUUGUUUUAUUUAUGGAGUUUUCGACCACCGAUUCAAAACUUCAGUUUUUAGAUUUUACAAACGAUUGUUGUCAAUUUUUAAAAGGGAAAAUAAGCCUUGA